AGAAGUUCAGACACUAAAUAAAGAACAUCGUCAUGAAAAUUAAAAAUGUUGGUAUUUUGCUAUUUAUAUUAACUGUGGGCAAGUCCGUGGCAGUCGUUUUGGACGGACCUUGUUCUGGCAACCUGGAGAGCCGAUGUAACGAAUUUUGUCUCCAAGCAUUAAGGCCAUUGAGAGAUAAUGAAGCCAAAAUUGAAAAUCUUUUGAAGGUUUGUAAAAGCACGAACCUGCAAGGAAACACCAAAAACAGACUAGACAAAAUUGAGAAUCAGUUGAAACUCCUUGAACUAAAUAGCUCUGCCACAAAUUUGGAAAAUCGAGAAAAUUAUCUACUAAGUCAAUCGUUCCAGAAAAUUGGAAGCAAAUUUUAUUACAUUGAAAAGAGGGAGAAACUUAAUUGGUUUGGAGCUCUGAACAAAUGUACUCGGUUUAACGGGCAUCUCGCUAGUUUUCAAAAUAAACGCGAGUUCACAGACUUAUUGCCCCACUUAAACAAAAACAUUUGGUAUUGGCUCGACAUAAAUGAUCUUGGCGUUACCGGGACACAAAUUUCGAUGACGUCGGGUCGUACACCGGCCUACGUGUUUUGGAGUUAUGGUGAACCAAACAAUAGUGAAAAUAAGGAGCAUUGUACUCAUUUAUGGACAUAUUAUACAGGUAAUUGGGAAAUGAAUGACAUAGAGUGUACCCAGUUUCAUCGUUUUAUCUGUGAAGCUUCAUAGCUUAUAAAUGAUGUCUAAUAAUAUCAAAUAAAAUCUACUGCACAUAUCAA